AUGUUGAAUCCUAAAUUAUCAGCGCUAGAUAGUUAUUUAUAUACAAUACCAUCAGAAUUACACGCAGUAUCAGCAAAAAAGCAGGGAAUAAAGCCUUCAUCUAGGUUUUUUCAUGAAAAAACACCUGUCUGUACUACAUCAAAACUUAAUGGAUCAGCUAUUGCAGAAAAUACAGAAAAAAUUGCCGAUCCAGAAUACAUGCCACCUAGGCCAAAAGAACUAGAACAUGAUGUUCCUGGUUUUUCUCCUAUUGACUGGUCCAUAUUACAAGCAUGGCCACAUUAUCGCUCAUAUUUUAAUCGCUUGGAUGAUCAAGGACAGAGUGAAUUAGAACGGCACAACGAAGCUAUUUUUGGGAAUCCAACAUGGGAGCCUGUUGAAAUCUCUACUUCCUCUAAAUCAUUUUCUACAAAAGUACAAUCAUCAACAACGAAAUCAUUUGGUUAUCAAAAACCAACUGAGUCUUUUCAACGUAAGUGUAAUACAACUUCAUUAAAUUCCAAGAAAAAAGAGAAUAUCCGUAGUCAUCCUAAACGUAUAGUUUCUUCUCUGGAUGAUUUCGGACUAACUUUCAAUGAAAUUAAUUUGACUGACGAAUGUUUUUUUCAAGAUGGGCUUUUCUCAUUUGAAUUUUAA